UUGCAGUGUGAGGCAUCAUUUUGCCAGUGGUUUGGUUUGGUUGGGCAGUGGAAAAAGCCUGUUGAUUCUCGCCCAGAUCAAUACCAAGCUCUCUGGUGUGGUGGCUGCUUUCACUUGACUUUCACCCAUCCAUCCAUCCAUUUAGGACUGGUCGGGUCUUGGCUGGUCUGGUCUCUCGCUCCUUUUAUGAGAGAGUAGUAAUCACGGGUAGAUUGUGUUAAUUGGGGGGAGCGAAAGGUUAGUUGGAGGAAGAGAAAGCGGUGAAAGUGGUGAAAUUGGUGGUGAAAGCCCUAUCGAUAUCAUAUUUAUUAUUGGGUUAUUAUCCACAGGAGAAAGUACAUGGUGGGAAAUAACUACGUUAUUCUUUGGGGUAAUUUGCACAAAGCUUAUCUGAAGUACUUAUCUGCAGGAGAAAGUAGGUGGGACGUUGCGGGGUACUUUUAGACUUUAAUUUAUUCGCUUAUCUGCGGGACCUUGGGGGACAUUGAUUUACUGAAUAUUUACAUAAACAUAUAAAAGAAUCGCGACUAAUACGACACGCUUAAUAAGUGAAGAUUGCAAAAAAUUUGCAUUGAAUUUGCAACCACACGUAGGGCCAAUUAUCUAUAUAAAUAAUGGCGACACUUUCCGCCACCGGAGGGACCGAGGUACCACUGGGGUCAAAUUAUUUGGACAAUAUCGUCUUCAAGAAGAGAAAUCCUAUCAUUUUGAGGUCAAUGUGUCUCCUUUUUGGGAUCAUCGUGUACGGCUGCAUGGUUGUGGACGCGUGGGCGUGGUCGUACACUUCGGACAACGACGGGAUAUCGAAGGAGAAGAAGUGCUUGUACGGCGAGGGGUCCGAGGGCGUCUGCACUUUUGGCAUCUUCGUCUCAUUCAUCGGCCUCCUCGCCGCCAUCAUUUUCCUCAGCGGAGAGUUUAUCAUCGAUAAGGUCGCCCUUGUCCAUUACCGUCUCCAGUACUAUUUUGUGGAGAGUAUUUUCUCGGCCAUCUGGACGUUCCUCUUCCUCAUCUGUUUCAUCAUGUUGGAAACGCAGUGGUCGGGCGGGGAAGAGGCGGAUAGAACGGAAAUUGAGGCCGCUGGAGCAGGGUCGUCGGUCCGAGCCGCGAUUUGGUUCUCAUUCCUGUCCAUCCCUAUUUGGGCGUCGUCCGCCUUCAUGGCGUUGCAACGAUACCGCGUAAUGCGGGCUGAACUGGAGUACAACGCUGCGCUGGCGGGGAGACGACCCAGUUCUUAUCCAGCCACGAUCACCACGACGAGACCGAAUAAUCCGACGGGUCAAAAUCUCACCACCACGACGGGAGCAUCCACCUCGGGCAAUACUACGACGAUUACCUUCUAAAUUAUUAUUUUUCGGGGAAAAAGGUCAAGGAUUUGAUGUAUGUAUAGUUUAGUUUAGAUAAUUUGGAACGUUAUUUAGUUAAUUAGUCAUUAAUUUGCAGUAAAUGAGUUGUUUAGAAAAAGUUAGAACUUAUGUGCUAGCGUGCUUAUGAUGUUGUCGUUGGGGGAUUUUGGUCCCCUUUGGAUAUAUACGUGGUUUCAGUCUCCACUCAUAUAUAUUGUCCAAAAAAACUCAGAUUUUCGUACUCAAAAGUACGAAAAAAACAGAUUUUCCUUGUUCAAACCUUCACCAAAAAUCAGAUUUUAAAAGUUCGUGCACCUGGAUAGUUUUUUGGGGGGAUUUAUAGUUUUUCGACAUGAGAAAAACUGGUCAAGAAAUUUUGAAAGAUAGUCACAAAUUAAAAAAAUACCUAUGUAAUAGUGAAAGAAUUUUCAAAAUCUGAUCAAAUUUGGAUGUUUAACAGGUUUUGGUUUUAACUACCAAAAACGGCUAAUUACAAAAUCCUUUACUGACAACAUCAUUCAGACGAUCAGAUCUACACAUCUAAAUUACGCUAAUUAAUAAUCAUAAUUUACCAACAAAAAACAAUUUCAACUUUACACCUAUGCAAUUUUCGACUCAAAAUGUAACCAAAAAAGUCAGACAAGAUAAUACCCCACGAAUUUAAAGCAAUCAAUAAUUUCACGGCUCUGUUGGGACCACCACAACCACAACUUUUUAAAGACAAAAUAAUUACACAAACAUAAACUGGAGGACCAAACCAAGUACUACUGAACAGUGGCCGCGGAAGCUGUGGGGACAUGUGGGGACAUUCACAUUGUAGGAUAGGGGGAGGGAGGGGUUUAUAUAAGAUGGGCAGAUGAUGUGGACAUCGAACAACCGUGGGGACAUUGUCCCUCUGUCCCCACCCACGCUUCCGCGGUCACUGCUAAUUAAAUGAAUUAUUAUUCUUACGUAAUGUAUUCCCAAUUACGUUACAUUUAAUUAAUUGCGCGAGACAAGAAAUGGUGAUAAUAAUGCGGACAAGAAAAUGCACUUCCGAGCACCACCACCACCACGUCGACACCCCAUUAAAAAAGUAUAGAAUUUCCCACCCCCCACAGAAUUAAAGUAGUAGUAUCACAUAGUCUUUAGCGUAGUGUGCACCGGAGUCAAUCCAGUAAUAAAAUUAUGUAGGAUUUAAAAAUCUAAUUGUGACAAUUUAAAGAUAGUUAGUUAAUUAGUUAGCGUUUUUGUUACUGCACUCGCUUUUUUUCAUGAUGCCGGGGAGGAGACGCAUUAUUAUGAUUGUCACGAGAAAAUAUAUAACUAUUUAUUAAUUUAGGCAGUUAGCAAAUCUACGUUUUUAAAAUUUCCGUAAUUUUUCCGAAUUCUCGGUCGGGUCAAAAUUUCCGGAGACAAUAUUAUCUCUUCAAAUCUGUCUUCUAAAAAUUGUUCGUAUUGUUGUUUCAGGAAAUUUUUGCUGAACUCGAGAUUUCGAAAAUUUUAAAAACGUACUCGAGAGGUCGGGAAAAUUUCGGAAAUUUUGAAAACGUAGAUUUCCUGACUGCCUAAUGAUGAUCGACGUUAAAUACGUGAAAUAUUUUCUAAAAGACGAAGAAACCAGAUUGAAGUUGAUAUACAAAAAAAGACGAAGAAAACCAUAACCAACGACCAAAAUCAAGAAACGAAAGGACCAAUUUCCUUACAUUAUUAUUAAAGUUGACAUUAAUUAGAUUGUGUAUUAAUUUGCUAAAAUGCUGUAA